CUCCCCCGAAGCCACGCCCCUCGCCUGGCUGCUCUGGAGAGAGCGAAAUUGAGAGAGGCAGGGAGUCCCGGGCCGCCUGCCGCUGAGGUGUCUUCCCGGCCGGCCGCUUUUGCCGCUGCCUCGCCCCGCCAUGUCGUCGUCGGCCACUCCGGUGCGGUCGCCCACCCUGCGGCCCCACCGCAUGAAGAAGGACGAGUCCUUCCUGGGCAAGCUGGGCGGGACGCUGGCCAGGAAGAAGAAGGCCAAGGAAGUGACAGACCUGCAAGAAGAGGGUAAAAAUGCAAUCAACGCACCAAUGUCCCCUGCCAUGACUGAUCUACACCCAGAAGAUACAUUAUUAGAGGAGAAUGAAGAACGCACCAUGAUCGAUCCCAACUCGAAGGAGGAUGCCAAAUUUAAAGAACUUAUCAAGGUUUUGAUUGAUUGGAUCAAUGAUGUUUUGGUAGAAGAAAGAAUCAUAGUCAAACAGCUUGAGGAGGACGUCUAUGAUGGGCAGGUGCUACAGAAACUAUUGGAGAAACUAGCUGGCCGCAAACUGAACGUGGCUGAAGUCACACAGUCCGAAAUUGGCCAGAAGCAAAAACUGCAAACUGUUCUGGAAGCUGUCCAUGAUUUGCUGCGACCCCACGGCUGGACUAUCAAGUGGAACGUUGACUCAAUUCAUGGCAAGAACCUGGUGUCCAUCCUCCACUUGCUUGUAGCUCUGGCCAUGCAUUUCCGGGCUCCCAUCAGACUUCCUGAACAUGUUUCUGUGCAAGUAGUGGUGGUCAGGAAACGAGAAGGGCUACUCCAGACAGCCCAUGUCACAGAGGAACUUACCACCACCACAGAGAUGAUGAUGGGAAGAUUUGAGCGAGAUGCUUUUGAUACACUCUUUGACCAUGCUCCAGAUAAACUAAGUGUAGUAAAAAAGUCUCUAAUCACUUUUGUAAACAAACACCUCAACAAACUGAACUUGGAGGUGACAGAAUUAGAAACGCAGUUUGCAGAUGGCGUAUACCUCGUAUUACUUAUGGGCCUUCUUGAAGACUACUUCGUUCCUCUCCAUAAUUUCUAUUUAACACCAGAGAGCUUUGAUCAGAAGGUUCACAAUGUUUCCUUUGCUUUUGAACUGAUGCAAGAUGGGGGACUGAAGAAGCCAAAGGCUCGACCAGAAGAUGUUGUCAACUUGGAUCUGAAAUCUACCCUAAGGGUUUUGUACAACUUAUUCACGAAAUACAAGAAUGUUGAGUGAUUUGCAAGGCUCCUGAGAUGCUGUGGAUCUUCACAGCAUCGUUUUGCAGGGAGAGAAGAAGUGGGGGGAGAGAGGAAAUCACCUUUUCUUUCACUUCCUCUUGUGCCAUAUUUUGUAUUCCCUCAUGCAUGGUGGUGUCCCUUCCUUCAUUACCAUUCAUUACCAUUUUCUCCAUGUAAUUCUUUAUGCUCUAAGUCCACUCCGUGCCUUUGAAAAUAUAGUUUCAUUUAUUGGAAUAUCCACAUUGUUUGUUUGGUGACAGAAUGAUCUCUCGUGUGUUGUACUCUUACCGUGUUUACCCGAAAAUAAGACAUCCUCUGAAAAUAAGACCUAGUAGAGGUUUUGGUGACUUGCCAAAUACAGCCUCAGUGCGUCUUCCUUGGUGGAGGAGGAAGGAGCAAAAUAAGAUAUCCCCUGAAAAUAAGACCUAGUGUGUCUUUGGGAGCAAAAAUUAAUAUAAGACACUGUCUUAUUUUUGGGUAAACACGGUAGAUAUUGCAGUUAUAAUUCAUUCUAAUAGCAACAAGAAGUUGUGGCCAAAGAAAUGCACCAUGAUGCUGUUUGUCUGAAGGGAUGCGGGGAGAAAAGAUUUACUUCCAAGUUCUUCUGUCAUUAAAACAUUAAUAACUUUAGGCACAUCACCUUCAAUCCUACAUAGGUUAUAUGGGGAUAAUAACACUGUCCUACCUUACCGAGUCAUUACAAGGAUUAGUGAGAUAAUGCAAAUGAGGUGUUUUGAUCAUUUUUAACAUGACAUAUGGAUGCUAAGCCAUAAUAUUUUCCUAGGUUUUUGAAUAUAAAGUAGACCUAUAACACCUGGGAUAAAUAAAGGUUGGCUUGGGUGUGGCAUUUGGUUUUUUCCUAAGCUCUGAAGGUAGAAAAUGGUGAAAAGCAAUUUGGGAACAAUGCAGAUUUAAGAAGGAUGAAUCCAUCUCUUGUGUCCACAUUUCACACAUACUGAAGUGAUAUCAUUUUGGUUGUCCCUAAUUUCAAGAUAUGUUGUUUUUGUACUCAUGAAGCCCUUGCACAGUGUCUUUUAUAUGUGGCCUUUGUUUCAUUUGUAUUUGUUUCCUUUCAGGACUGACCUUACUCUUCUGAUUGUCUGUGGGAAGCAUUGCCUUCCUUUUUGUGUUGUUAUCCUAAUACCAUUGAGUAUUACUUCCCCUGAAUGUACUGUGAAACACAGAUGGAAAAGCUGCCUGAUUUGAAUAAAGCCAGUCUUCUUUUA